GACUAAAGAAUUUUAGUAUAUUAUUAGAUUAUUAGUAUAUCAACCGCGAAAACAAGAAAAAAAUUAUUUGUAAAUUCUUUGUCACUUUCAGAUGAGACUUAUAGACAAAUAUAGAACGCCAAGGCCUUCACCUUAUAAUGUUUAAGAUUAAAUGUGAAUGAUUAGGUUUCUUUGUAGGCUAAUGUUCACGUGUGUUUGCUCGCUUGUGUGACUGUGUCUACAUAGUCAUCGUCAUGUGUGUGGGAGAUGUGUCUUAAGACUGAUUACACAACGGACGGUCGUAUGGGGAUAUUUCUUGAGACUAUAUUUAGAAUGCGUCGCGUAAUGUUUAGGUAUAAGAGUAUAUCUGGAGUUAAAAAUACAAUAGAAGUCUUAUAAUGUUUACAUUUAGGUGUUUUAAGUAGUAGUGUGAAUUCUUUUUCAUGAGAAAUGUUUAGUGAGCGGGAGUAGUUUCUUAAAAGUGAAAGUACUAUCUAGAACUGUUCGUGACCUUCACCUUAGAAUGAGCCUGCUUCUUUAAAACCUCUCAAGUCAGAAGAAGUAAACACUACAGCGACUAUUACCAAUCCUGUUUUUUAGUGAUGCUGGAGAACAGGCAAGUUAAAAUUCACCCUCUAAAUAAAGCAAAAAUGGCUUCCUUUUGGCAACAGCUGAAAGCUCUGCUCUGGCGUAACAUACUGCUGAAAAAAAGAAAUAGGCCCCAGUUGUUUCAGGAACUUUUCUUUCCUAUCUAUUUUGUGGCUAUACUUGCUGUCAUAAAAAUAACCACCAAACCAGAGAAACAGCCAGCAAUGAGCUUUCCAGCCAACAACAUGAGUAGUUUUCUUAGUUACAGUUUAAUAGGCCGUGUAGUCUAUGUGUCGCCAAAUACAACUCAGGUUAAAAAUAGAAUGGAUGCUAUUGUAGCAGAACUCAAGCUACCAAUUUCCUACGAAAUGUUCUCAUCGUCAGAGGCAGCUGAAGCUAAAUAUAAAUCAAACACCAGCAGAGUGGCUGCUGGUAUCAUAUUCGACUAUGAACAAAAUCCAAACUCUUAUGCCAUUAGAAUGAACUAUAAUUUUGUACCUGGCACUAAAGGAGUUUUUAACUAUAACCAAGGGACCUGCCGUUCUGAUAAAAGUGGGAGAUCAUUUGGUAAUUGUGAUGUGAACACGUACAUGCACACUGGAUUUACAUCCUUACAGUUGGCAAUAGAUAAAGUUCUAAUGAAAGAGCUGAAAAUGAACACAACAAAUCCAACAAUCACGGUGCAGUUGAUGGAUAAACCAGAGUUCUCUCCUAAUACAAAUUACAUCCAAACUCUUUCAUCUGUAUACUUUGUCUUCUCCUUCUCUGUCUUAGCCAAUUAUUUGGCUGUGAACAUAGUGGCUGAGAAGGAAAAGAAGAUCAAAGAAGGGAUGCUCAUGAUGGGUUUGAGAAGCUCUGUAUUUUGGCUGUCAUGGACUCUCAUUUAUUUGGCCAUGGUGGUUGUGGCAUCAGGACUUAUGAUUAUCAUCAUUGUGGCUACCACAUUUUUUAGUCAGAGCAACAUGUUUCUCCUUUUCUUGACCUUCCUACUUUAUGGCUGCUCCUUCAUUGCCUUUGCAUUCAUGAUAACACCAUUCUUCAAAAAGGCCAGAGUGGCUGGAGUCGUGGCUGGGUUUUCCACGGUUCUAAUCAGCUGUGUCCACCUUGCAGUCAGCCAAACCAGAGAUGAGGGAAGCUAUGAUGCCAACAUCCCAGCAGCUGGUCAGUGGUUGAUGUGCCUGUUUUCUCCUAUAGCAUUUUCAACUAUCAUAGAUCAGGGAAUUUUUCUAGAUGUUCAGAGAACCGGUUUUGGUUUUGAUAGUUCCUUGACAUACGGCAAAUUUCCCCUCUAUGCACCAAUCCUAAUGCUUGUAGUAGAUACUAUACUAUAUGCACUCUUGACAGUUUAUUUUGAUCAUGUGAUUCCAGGUGAAUAUGGUGUACGCUACAAGCCUUAUUAUUUCUUGCAAUACUCCUAUUGGUGUAAGUCCAGAAAAAGUGAUGAAAUGACACACUUAACAAUUCCCCGGAUGAGUUUUUCUCAGACUUCUGAUGUUGAAGCUGUGCCUGGAGAAAUAGAAGACAAAGUAGCUAUAAGAAUUUCACAUUUGACAAAGACUUUUAAACAAGAUGAUAAAACUUUCAAUGCUGUUAAUGGCUUUUGUUUGAACAUCUAUGAAAGUCACAUUACAUGUCUACUUGGACAUAAUGGAGCAGGAAAAACUACUCUAAUGAACAUGUUGACAGGAGUUGUUCCCCCUACUUCAGGAACUGCCAAAAUAUUACACCUGGAUAUCACAGACUCAUCAGAUUUGGAAGAAAUCAGGAGCCAUUGUGGCAUAUGUCCACAGCACAACAUACUGUAUGAUACUUUGUCUUGUGUUGAACAUUUAGAAAUGUUUGCAAACAUCAAAGGUGUGCGGCCAGAAAAGAUCCAGAAGAAAGUAGAAUCAGUACUGCAAGAUGUUGAUCUGACCAGUCAAGCAGAAACUUUUGCUAAAGACCUGAGCGGUGGACAGAAACGGAAACUUUCUGUUGCAAUAGCACUGAUUGGUGACCCAAAAUUGAUAUUUCUAGACGAGCCUACAGCUGGUAUGGAUCCAUUCUCUCGUAGACACCUGUGGUCAUUGUUGAAGAAAAAGAAAGAAGGAAGGGCUAUCUUACUAACAACUCAUUUUAUGGAUGAAGCUGAUAUUCUUGCUGACAGAAAAGCUUUCAUAAGUAAAGGCAAAUUAAGAUGUUGUGGCUCCUCAUUGUUUUUGAAAAAUAAGUUUGGCAUUGGCUAUCAUUUAACCAUGGUUGUCACCCCUGACUGUGAGGUAAAUGAAGUGACCUCCCUCUUACAAUCUAAAAUUCCUGAUGUCAUACUACAGAGGUCUCAUGGGAAAGAAGUAUCCUACACCAUUCCUCUGAAAGAUGUCUCAAAAUUUUCUGAGUUAUUUGCUCAUCUUGAUCAAGAGUCAAAUAAUCUUGGGAUUAAAAGCUAUGGUGUUUCCAUGACAACACUGGAAGAAGUGUUCCUUAAACUGGAAUCAGAAGAAGUGAGUGAAAUUGAAGCAGAGAAUGAGGAAAUCAUGACUUUCUCUGCCAACUCUGAGAUGGCCAGUGUGAAUGUGUCUGCACCAGUUCAAGCAAUCACAUCACUAGGAAAGUCUGUACUGACUGGAGCCAGUUUGUCAAAACAGAGAUUUAAAACAUUGCUUUGGAUUAGAUAUCUUUUGGUCAGACGAAAUAUUCAAGCUCUAUUUUUCCAGAUAUUUUUACCUAUUGUGUUUGUAGUAGUGGGCUUAGUUCUUGCUAAAGUGAACAAAACUAACCCAGUUCAGAAUCCUCAGUCUUUAGAGAUCAGCCCACGCCUGUAUGUGGAGUCAUCCACCAAGUCAUCAGGGUUAACACCCCUUUUAACAUUUGAUGCUGUCAACACAACAGAUUCAUUAGCAUUGUUUGAUGAAUGGAGAAAUCAUGACAAUUAUAAGCUAGACAUCUACAAAGCUGGUAUCAAUACAACAGGUCAGCUAGCACCUCAUUACUUGGGCAUACAAGUUCAGAACAUUUCUGGAAAGAACUUGAACAACUUUGUAAUUCUGUACAAUGACUCGGCACUGCACAGCGUACCAGCAGCCAUAAAUUUGUUCACUCAGACAGUAUUGUCCUUCUUCAACUCAUCAGCCUCUAUAAACAUCAGUAGUCUCCCAUGGCCUCAGACAGAAUCUGGUAUUCUCUUUAAUUCAGGGGCUUUCAUGGCUCCACUUUUAGUUGGCCUGGCUUUUAUGCUCAUCAUUCCAGGCUUUGCUGCAGACAUAGUUCAAGACAGGGAGUGGAAGUUGAGAAGUCAACUGCGUAUAUCAGGGGUAUCUUUUAACGAGUAUUGGGCUUCCAUCUAUGCUGCUGAUAUCAUACUGUACUUGAUUCCUUCUGUUCUUGUUUUGAUCAUUGUUCUGGCUAUGCAGAUUGAUGGCUUGAGUUCACCUGGUGCAGUGGGCUCCCUUGUCUUACUGUUUGCUAUCAACAUGCCAUUCUACAUAGUACUGGCUCUGGUGUUAUCCUUUAUCUUUGAUAAAACAGAAUCUUGUAUUUCAUACUUGCCUCAGAUUUUGACCAUUGUUGCCAUGAUACCUUUCAUCACAGUUUCACUGGUCGACAUGAUCGCCAGAAGUAAAGCUGCCAUUAUUAUUCACUAUGUUGCCUGUGUUAUGGACCCACCUUACAUCAUGUUUGGAGGCUUCUAUUUCAUCUCAAGGGUGAAUGUGAUAGCUGUUCAGAGUGGACUGCAAGUAACAGCCAGUGACUACUUCAAAUGGGACAAUCACUUUAUUAUUACCAUAAUAUUGCCAGUAAUACAUUUUGUUUGGAUGUAUUGGCUGCUUCGAGUCCUGGAUAUAAAGAAAACUGGAGGCAAAAUCAAAGAAGCCUUCCCAUGUCUUGCAAAGUCAGUGGAUGGCUCAAAUAAUAUAAACCCAGAUAUUAUUGAGGUGGAAGAUGAUGAUGUUAAACUAGAGAGAACUCAUGUGGAAAAUCUACACAGUUUUGAUAAUCCUACUUUCUGCAACACAUCCGGCACAAGUAUUGCUGAUACUAAGCCCCCAGUAGCAUACACACAAAGAUUGAGGAAAGUUUAUCAUAAACGCACCAAGAAAGCAAAUUGUUUUGAUUCUGCUGCUGUUCAGUCAAAGGUUGCAGUGAGAAAUUUAAGUCUUGGUGUCAAUGAGGGAGAGGUCAUGGGGCUACUUGGACCCAAUGGUGCUGGUAAGACAACUGUUCUGGGUAUGAUCAUAGCUGAGACGGAACCAACAUGUGGCAAGGUAAUUGUAUCUGGUUACAACAACCGCAGUCACAUGUUGUCUGUACUUGAGUUCCUGGGAUACUGUCCACAACAUGAUGCUCUUUGGGAGAGUAUCACCCUGGAGGAGCAUAUCAGGUGCUUUGCUGCCAUUAAGGGAGUAGACCCUAAACACUUGGAUGCAGUGAUAGAUUACUAUGUCUCAAGUCUAAAGCUAGAAGAACAUAAAAAGAAGCGUGCUAAAAAAUUAUCAGGAGGAACUAAAAGAAAGCUGAGUUACAUAAUGAGCAUACUGGGGUCACCUCGGCUUGUACUGCUAGAUGAACCUUCCACUGGAAUGGAUCCGCAAUCAAAACGUUUCCUCUGGGACACUAUAUCUGCAAGUUUUAAGAAAACAGAGAGAGGAGCUAUUCUGACCACACAUUACAUGGAGGAAGCUGAUGCUUUGUGUGAUAGAGUAGGAAUUAUGGUGAAUGGCCAAUUAGAAUGCCUUGGCUCAACUCAGCAUUUAAAAUCUAAAUAUGGAAGUGGCUAUAUUCUAGAGGUCAAGCUGCGAUACAAUGCAUCAACUCAAGUGGAGUCUUUGAUGGAUAGUCUGGAGGAACAUUUGAACAAAUUGUUUCCAGGCUUAGAAAAAGUUGAAAGAUUUCAAGAGAGAGCUCAGUAUGCCAUACCCAAAGAUGAUGUCAAAUUUUUAGGAGUAACUUUUUCAAACUUAGAAAAAUGUAAAGAGACUCACAACUUAGAAGAGUACAAUUUUAGUCAGAGUACACUGGAGCAGGUGUUUCUUUACUUUGCCAAGAAGCAACAAGAUGAAGAUGAAGAGAAUGAAAUCAAACAGCAGACACUUACAAAUAACUUUCCAACAAACAUUUAAACAAAAAAUUUUGUGAAUCAGUACAUUAGACUUUUUUGUUUUCUUAAAAUUGAAAUUGUUUUUAAAAGAGAAAUCCUUUUCAGAAUGCAUUUUAUUUGACCAUGCUGUAUUAUAGCUAACAGGAUUUGUUUCCUAGUAGAUUUAAUAUUAUAUUCAGUAUUAGGUUUUGGGCAUUUCAUUUUUUUUUUAAAGUGGAGUCAUACAAACGGUAUCUGGUUGAUGAGAGAAUAGUGAUGUCAUAAUCUACUAUUGCAUUUAUCAAUGAGGCAUACGAGAAAGAAUGGACUAGCCUCUCUCUUGAUAUUCUGCUAAGAACAGCUGCUGGCUGGAAAGAAUGGUGGGAAUAAAUUACAUCUCAGCACCCUGUAAAAUAUAAGGCAUAGAAUAGAUUUGUUUUAAAAUGUUGAAGUAGUAAGUCAUUCAGAAUUAAGGCCCAUCAGUUCGUCAUUUUGGGACAUGUUUUGCUAGGGUAAGUAUUUGCAUUUCUUGGCUGCAAAGUUCAAAGGUCCUUCCUUAAAUGCAAUUUUACAUUUUGAGUCUGUUUUUAAGUUUGGAUGAAUAUCUUUGAUACAAGUUUCAUAUAGAACUGUGACAUUUUUAUGUUGAAUAUUUGGAUUGCACUUACUGUUCUGAUUAUUUUUUAAUGCUCUCUGACUUUAUUAUAUUACCUUGUGAUUUAUUAGGCUAAAUAAUGCACAGCCAGAGGGUACUUUUUUGUAAUAUAAUGCUAGUCUUUCACUUUCCUUUUUUUGUGUGGCUACAUUUUAAUGCACCACAGCUUUAGAAUAUUUUAUUUAAAAAAUCAUUUAUUUACAUUCUACUGUCCAAAUUAUAAGUUGACAUUUAUAGUGCCUUAUUUUAGAUUUCUUUUGUUUGUGUGUGUGUGUGUAGCAAACUUGAGUUUUGCUGAAGAAUGUAUUGUAGACAUGACCGAUAUGCAUCAUUGACAUGGUUAUUUUUUUUUUAAUUUUGAAACAAAUUUGAUGUAUAAACUAGUAAUUAUAUAUAUAUAUAUAUAUAUAUAUAUAUAUAUAUAUAUAUAUAUAUAUAUAUAUAUAUAAUAUAUAAUAUAUAUAUAUAUAUAAUGAAUGUAAGGUGUACAUAUGGGGAUAUAUCCUGAAUGAAAAACAAAACCGUUUGACCAAUCUUAAUGAAACUUGACAAAAAUGUGCCAUGAUAUAUCCAGAGAGCCCUAUAAAUAAAAAACAACAACUAAUUUUAUCUCUAUUUAUUAAAGAACAAAACUUUUAACAAAUCGAAAAAACCCGUUUUCACAGUAUUUUAUAUUUGAUAAGAAUAUGUUGGCUUAACAUGUAAGCCCAUUUUCACACACUACUUUUAUUUUCAGGGCAAAAUAAAUAAAUGUGAAGGCAACAUUCUUUAUGUUUGCAAUAUAACUAAAUCUAAUCCAUUACCUCAUUAAUACCCAAACUAAGGUCCACAGGCUGAUGGUAAUAUCCAGCUAAUAUAUAUAUAUUAUAUUCACAUACACAUAAUUUGUUUGUUUUACCAACUUUCUUAUUUUAGCAUUUUAUAUUUAGUAACCAUAGAUUUUAUUUUACAUCUGUGAUAAAACUAAAUCAUUAUCAUAUCAUAUGUGCCAAUCUAAUCAUUAUAUAUCAACUGAUUAAAUCCUGUCAUUAAUGUUUUUCGCUCAUAUUUGUUUAAUGUGAUUCAACAAAUAUUAAAUAUUAUCCAUAUUUCAAAGUG